AUGCCCGCCGCUGUGGACGGUACCGUGUGUGGCCCCCAGGUCCCCGGAACGGCCAAACCCCCCUCAGGAACCGAUAUCUCGGGGCUGAAUCCCUGCCCGCUUAACGCGUGCUGCAACAUCUGGGGUCAGUGUGGUACCACGGCUGACUUCUGUACCGACACUGGCACAGGAGCUCCGGGAACGGCAGCGCCGGGGAGCAAUGGAUGCAUCUCUAACUGUGGCACCGACAUGGUCAUUGGGGACCGGCCAGAGCAGUUCCAUCGCAUUGCUUACUUUGAAGCCUUCAACUUCGACCGGCCGUGUCUCAAGAUGGACGUCGCGCAGAUCGACACUUCGAAAUACACCCAUGUCCACUUUGCCUUUCUCGAUCUUACUCCUGCCUUUGAGGUCGACAUCGUUCGAUACAUGGAGCAAUUCACCCGAUUCACGAAGUUAACAGGGGUCAAACGAAUUGUCUCCUUUGGGGGUUGGACCAUGAGUACCAGCCUUGCCACCUACAACAUUUUCCGCGAUGCAGUCAAGCCCGAGAACAGGCAGACAUUUGUGAGAAACCUGGUCAACUUUGUCAAUGAGUGGGGCUUGGAUGGCGUCGACAUUGACUGGGAGUACCCUGGCGCACAAGACCUCCCCGAGAUUCCGGCGGGUAGUCUCGACGAUGGCAAAAACCUCGCCGCGUGCUUGGUGCUCCUCAGGGAUCUCCUCAGCCCUGACAAGUCCCUAUCCAUCGCAACACCAGCGUCUUACUGGUACCUGAGGGGGUUCCCCAUGGCCAAAAUGGCAGCCUCGCUGGACUACAUCGUUUACAUGACUUACGACCUCCAUGGCCAGUGGGACUACGGUAACGAGUGGGCUGAUCCGGGCUGCCCUGCCGGGAACUGUCUCCGUUCGCACGUCAACCUGACCGAAACCAUCAACGCCCUGUCCAUGAUCACCAAGGCGGACGUGCCCAGCAACAAGCUCGCCGUGGGGAUUGCCAGCUACGGCCGUUCGUUCCAGAUGACCACCCCAAACUGCACACGGCCCAUGUGCACCUACACCGGCCCAGACUCGGGAGCGAAGCCCGGGCGCAACGCGCGGACCUCUCAUGAUGCGUCCAGCGACAGCGACAUCUUGGUGUACGAUUCGGUGCAGUGGGUGGCUUACAUGAACAACACGACAAAGGCAGGCCGCGUUGCCCUCUACCAGCGCCUUAACAUGUGGGGAGUGAGCGACUGGGCCGUGGACCUCCAAGCCUUUGUAGCGCCACCGACACCAACGCCACCUGGGUCUGCAGCGGCUGCACGCCCUUGA